GCUGCAUCCCUCGACCGUCUGACCAUCUCGCGCCAGGCCAACCCCUGUAGCAGCAAGAGGAGAGAAUCGUAAUCGAAGGACGAGCAUUCGCUGAUCUGUCCUCGCUGGGGAGAGCCAGAAGAUUCUUCGAGGCAAGACGGUGUGAAAACUGACGUGUCCCAUGAAGUCGACGGACGACGGCGCCAGAGUAGGGGAGCGAUUGUCGCCAGUGAGCAUCGACACGGGAUCGAGCCAUAAUCGAAGCUCCAGGUGAAUCGAAGUCCAGCUACGCUCUCCCAGACGCUCCUCCUGUCGUGCCACCAUGUACAAGAUCCUUCGUCGCGGUUCCAGCCGCGUGUUCGUCGUCUGCGCGGUUCUGUUGACGCUGUUGCUGUGUCUCUACUAUGUGAACCAGGCUCAGGCGCCAUCCACUGGGCCAUCAGCGGGGAUUCUGAACGAGGAGCUCAGGUACGACCGAGGUCUGACCUCGAUCACGCCGGACUACGUCGAGUCCCCGGACGCCAAGGUCUCCCUGGAUACCUGUCCCAUCAUUGUGCCCAGGAACGUGGACAUCGACACGCAGCAGGAGUUCGAGAAGUUCGACUUCCAGCCGUCAUGGAUGCGCAGCAGGGAAUACUGGGAUGACAGCUUCGAGGCUCGUUACGCGGAGCUGAGGAAGGAUCCCACCAGGCCUCCGUUAAAGGUGAUCUUGGUGCCCCAUAGUCACACGGAUCCAGGAUGGCUGAAGACAUUCGAGCAGUAUUUCCACAGCUCUACGAGGAACAUCCUCAACAAUAUGGUCUCGAAGCUGCAGCAGUGGCCAAAUAUGACGUUCAUCUGGAGCGAAGUGUCCUUCCUGUCACUCUGGUGGGAGAGCGCCCAUCCGACUAAGAAGAUGGUCGUGAAAAGGUUAGUGAAGGAUGGAAGGCUAGAGAUGACAACUGGAGGCUGGGUGAUGACCGACGAGGCGACGUCGCAUAUCUACGCCAUGUUGGAUCAGCUGAUCGAAGGUCACCAGUGGCUGAAGACCAACCUGGACGUGGUCCCGGAGUCUGGCUGGUCUGUGGACCCGUUUGGUCACGGGGGCACGAUACCGUACUUCCUUAAAGCAUCUGGUGCUUCUGGUACGGUGAUCCAGAGGAUACACUACGCCUGGAAGCAAUGGUUCGCCAAGAAACAGUACGGUGACUUCAUUUGGAUGCAGCCCUGGGAUCAAACCGGUCAGGCUGACAUGCUGACACACAAUCAACCAUUCGACAUCUACAACAUCAAGCACUCAUGCGGACCUCAUCCUCACGUUUGCCUAAACUUCGACUUCAGGAAGAUUCGCGGAGAGUACACCGAGUACUCGGUCAGAGCUGUGGAGAUCACGCCAAACAACGUCAAACAAAUGGCUGAGCUGCUUUUGGAACAGUACUCCAGGACUGGCUCGCUGUUCACGCACAAUGUCGUACUUAUGCCGCUUGGUGACGACUUCAGAUACGACCACGCGAUCGAAUGGGACCAACAGUACACCAACUACAAGAUCCUGAUGGACUACAUCAACAGCAGAAAGGAAGAGUACAACGCGGAGAUAGCGUUCGGCACGCCCAAGGACUACUUUCAGGAGAUCAAAAAGCGCGUGGAGGAGUUUCCAACGUUGAAGGGCGACUUCUUCGUCUACUCCGACAUCUUCAGCGAAGGAAGACCCGCCUAUUGGAGCGGCUACUUCACCACCAGGCCCUACAUGAAGAUCCUGGACCGUGAACUGGAGGCUAAUCUCCGAUCAGCUGAGAUUCUCUACACCAUAGCGUUGAACGUGGCGAAACAGUCGGGGAAGGACUUCAUGCUCUACGAAACGUACUUCGAGAAGUUGGUGAAAGCCAGGAGGAACCUUGGUCUCUUCCAGCAUCACGACGCUAUCACCGGCACCUCCAAGUCUUUCGUGAUGAAGGACUACGCUCUGAAAUUGUUCGAAUCCAUCUCAGACACCACCAGCCUACAGAGCUUCGCCAUUCAAUCGCUGGCUGGGUCGGCCAGCAAACCGAAUUCCGUUUACGUCCUGGCCGAAUCCGAUAGGGACAGCUACGAGAAGCUACCAAAGAAGAUACCAAUUGGAAUCAACGGCCAGGAGACCAAGAAGAUAGUCCUGUUCAAUCCUCUGGCUCAGCCUAGGCAAGAAGUGAUCAGUCUGAAAGUGACCUCUUACAAACUUAAAGUCCUGGAUCCUCAGAAGAACCCUAUUCCCUAUCAGAUAGCCCCAGUGAUGAACGCCACAAGCAUCACCCACGACGUCUACGUGCUUCUGUUCGUGGUCGAGCUGAAACCUCUAGCCAUAGCCACUUAUCAUCUUCAACAGACUGACAAAGUGCCAAUGGAGGCUAUCUCCACAGUGUACUGCAGUAGGUGUGGCAAGGACAACGUGUUCCCCAUCAAACCCAUGCAAGUAGGCGAUGUUCAGCUGGAGAAUCAAAGGAUGAAACUGUUGUUCGACGGUCAGACAGGUUUCUUGAAGAGGGUGACGAAGAAAGCCACUGGAAAGAUCAUGCAGUGCGCCAUCCAGUUCGCUGCCUAUCCAUCCGCGCAGUUCCACAGCGGUGCCUACCUGUUCAUGCCUGACCCUAACCUCAGAGACAUCGACAAGGACGUGUUGGAGGCGUAUACGCCUCAUCAGAAGAUCUACAUCGUCAGCGGAAGUCUCAGUUCGCGGUUGACCGUUGAAUAUGGCAAGCUGCUGACCCAUCACGUUGCCAUUUAUCACAGAGACGACGGUCUAGGGGAGGCGAUCUACCUGAGGAACAUAGUAGACUUCGAAACACCGCCGAAGAACAGAGAAACGGAGAUGUUCAUGCGCCUGCAGACUGACAUACUGAACGGAGAUCCUCCAGAGUUCUACACAGACCUGAACGGUCACCAGAUGAUCAAACGGACGAAGAUAGAGAGGAUUGGCAUCGAGGGGAACUAUUUCCCCAUCACCACGAUGGCCUACAUAGAGGACACUAACCACAGGCUAACUCUGUUAGUGAAUCACUGCCAAGGAGCGGCCAGCUAUCAACCAGGAUGGCUGGAGGUGAUGUUAGACAGGAGAACUUUGUACGACGAUUCGAGAGGGAUGGGCGAGGGUCUUCUGGAUAAUCGUAGGACAGUCAUCAAGCACUGGUUGCUCUUAGAAGACAUCACUGGUGAGAAGGAGAAGUACUCGAAGCCGUCUCUGUUCGCCAAUCACCUGAGCAACGCUCUCAACUAUCCUGUGAACAUCUUCGUGGUGGAUGGGGCAGACGGUGACAUAGCUAUGGCUCCAGAGGUGCGUCUGCUCAGCCAGAGCUUCCCAUGCGAUCUACAUCUGCUCAAUCUGAGGACCAAUCACGACCAGAAACUGCCACACUUCCCUGUCAACAGCGCCCUGAUGGUGUUGCACAGACAGGGCUACAGUUGCUCCGUAGGAGUGGACGUUGCCUUGAAACACUGCCCUCUGACAGAGAGAAUAGGCCAGGGUACGUCUUUCUUCAAACUGGCGAACCUGAACGUGACCAAGACCUCGCUGACAGGCACAAGGACUAAAGGAAGGCUGAAGGACGGUCUGCAGGAGGUCAGUCUGAAACCCAUGGAGGUGGAGACGUUCAACGUGAACUUUGUCCAAUGAUCCUAAGCCCCAUAGAAAAGCGUUUGCCUGCCUUCUUGGACAGGACACUGCCCUGGCAGAUGCUACCUCUUCUUCGGGUCUUCGUGCAAUCAAACGGAAUCAUACAGAGCUGGAACCGUGUUUUUCUCGCCAAAUUUCUUUUCUCUACCUUCCGUUCUGACCACCUUACAGUGUACAUAGACACGCCAUGCUGACGUUCACCACGAUUGCACCAGUGUACAUACACACACACACACACCAGGACGCUCUGUUCCACGUUUUCAGUUCGAUUAAUACUGCAUACACAGGCAGGAAGGGAGAGUCGUGUCCUCUGACUUCACCGAGCUUUCCCCUGCACCUUCUAUCACUUCGAUCGACAUUAGGAACACGUAGCAACCAGAAACUCGCCGCUGAAGCCCCGUUUUCCAACUGCUCAAACGUUCAGACGUGUCUCUACGAGUCUAUCCGAACGUAUAGACCAGGCUGUUUGAAGGGUCCGCGGUUGAGACUGGGGCUUCACAGGCGUUCCAGAACAGACU